AUGUCUGCCCGCGAUAACGCCAACGAUAUCAACAUGGAGACCCUCAGCCCCGCUGUCACCAGCCAGCCCCUUCGCCAACAUGGAAUGCAAAAGUCAUUCGCCGCAGAGUUCUCACCUGACGACGAGAACCACGGCGUCUACGGCAGUCUCAUGAACACGGCCGGAAACAUCGUCGGCGCCUUCGGAACCGUCCCCUGCUGCAUCUGCUGCCCUAACCCUUACAAGUCCAUCGCCCAAGGCUCUGUCGGUCUCAUUACUCGCUUUGGCAAAUUCUACAAGAUUGUCGACCCCGGUCUGACAAAGAUUAACCCUGUCACUGAGAAGUUGACAAAGGUCGAUAUCAAGAUCCAGAUUGCUGAUAUCCCUCAGCAGGUUAUCAUGACCAAGGAUAAUGUCAAUGUCCAGAUUGAUUCUGUGCUUUACUGGCAUAUUGUGAACCCUUCGCAGGCGUACUUUGGAGUCAGUAACGUCCAGGCCGCUUUGAUUGAGAGAACACAAACAACUCUCCGCCACAUCUUGGGUAUGCGCGUUCUCCAAGAAUUGAUCGAGAACCGCGAGGCCAUCGGCGAGGAAAUCCAGGAAGUCAUUGACGGCCCCGCACGCGAUUGGGGUGUCAAGGUCGAGUCGGUCCUGAUCAAGGACAUCACCUUCUCCAAGGAACUCCAGGAAUCGCUCUCGUCUGCUGCUCAGGCCAAGCGUAUGGCUGAGUCCAAGGUCAUUGCUGCCCAGGCCGAGGUCGACAGUGCAAAGUUGAUGAGAGCUGCCGCCGAUAUCUUGAACACCCCUGCCGCCAUGCAGAUCCGUUACCUCGAGACCAUGUCGAGCAUGGCCAAGGGGUCCAACACCCGUGUCAUCUUUAUGCCUACCAACCAGAGUAACAACGAGAUGACUCCCCUCCAGGCUAACCAGUGGGAGCAGUUGGCUGGCAAGUAA